CUGAAUAUCGUUCCAAAUACCAUUAUAGUUACAACACGUAGUGGUAGGACGAGUACCCGUCGAUCUCAAGAGGAUCUCACUCAAAAGGCUGUACGUGACGAGGAAGAGUCCCCUGCCGUCGAUAAUUCCCCAUCGAAUUCGGACAAUGACAGUGACGCUGAAUCCGACGCGCCUGUUGAGAUUUCUUCAAAAAUAGUUCCCGAUAUCGAACUCCUCGAUGAAGAACCAGAACUGAGUUUAUUUGAACAGGUACAAGAAGAGGAACGGCGUCAAGAAAAAGCACAAGCUAAAAAGCGUAGGCGUAUAAAAAAGCUCGAUCGAGGAGAGUUUUUGGUCAAGGCAAAGAAGGCACAGUUCAAAGUUGUUACGCUGAACGAAGGUGUAAAGAAAUCGCUCGAGCCCUGCGUCAAUUUUCGGGAGGAACUGCUGAAAGCUCGUACAGCUGGAAGGAGGGAAAAAGGUAUGUUUUGCAUUCAUUAUUCAGCACUUCUAUUUCAUAAAGUGUACAGGGUCUGCUGA